AUGCCCAAACGAAAGGCCCAGGCCAAAUUAUCUGGUUUCGUCGGAUCCGACGAUGACGAUCUGAUGGGAUUCACUGGGGGCGAAACAAUCCCUCGGGCACAAGAACAGGAACAAGAACCGCACGAUGAACCUCCGGCCAAGAAGCGAAGAGGACGGCCACGCACAUCGAACGAGAUCGCUGCCGAAGCGAAAACUGCUGCACGAUCGAAGAACCAAGAGCUGCCACAGGCGCCAGAGGAAAAAGCGCCUGCGAAGGCUACUCGGCGAGGAAAGCGUGGCGCUUCCGAAACCGCUGAGCCCUCGCGGGCAUCGGUAGCAAAAGAAUCGGUCGAGCCUCAAGAGGAGACCCAGGAACAGGAAAAUUAUAAGGCGACGCGGACAACAAGGGCUGGAAGAUCUACCGCAACCCGUGGCCGAGGUCGGGGUCGAGGUCGUACAGCCAGUGUCGCCAGACCAUCGGUAACAGAUGGCGAUUUCGAAUAUACACCCACUCGCGCGCAGCCAUCACAGAAAGAGGUGGAAAUUCAUGAGACGCAAAUUAAUGACGCUCAUGCGACGGAACACGAAGUAGAGGAGUCGAUCAUACCUGAACCCUCCGCAAAUUACGCACAGUCGUCUAUCACCAAGAUUGCAAGGGCACGCGCGGCCGCAGCGCGCAGCAGUCAGGACGCCUCUCCGCGAAAGCGCAAGUCUGGUGUUGCUACUGAACAGGGAGAUCCGGAGCUCAGGCGUCGCAUUGGGGAUCUUGCAAGGAAAAAUGACACGUUGGAAUCUAAAUAUCGUGAUCUUCGAGAAAUUGGUGUCGAAGAGGCAAAAACAAACAUGGACAAGCUGCGGAAGCAGUGUGAAAGCAUAACGAUAGCUUCCGACAAACUUGUUUCUUCCCUCAAAACCGAAUUGGAGGCCCAGAAGACAUUGGGACAGCAGAGCCGAGGCCUCCAAAAACAAUUGAAGGAGCGUGAUGCCGAAGUGGCUCAGCUUAAGACCCAAGCCGAGGAGGCCGAAUCCCAGCUAUCCUCGGCGCAAUCCGAGAUCAAGGCAUUGCAAACAAAGCUUGCUGCUGCUCGGAACACAGCUGCCGGUCUGGAAUCUGCGGUCAAGGUUCCUGGAAGCGCCAUCAAGGGAGGUGUCGCUAACCGCGCAGCUGCAGCUGCAAAUGCUGAAGCAGUCCAGUCCGCCCAAAUGGCCCAACUGAGAGAAGACUUGUACAGUGACCUGACAGGCCUCAUCAUUCGCGAUGUCAAAUCAAGAGAUGAGGAUCACCUGUAUGACUGCAUCCAAACUGGAGUCAACGGAACGCUUCAUUUCAAAUUGGUCAUCCCCAAAACAACUAGCGGGGCAUGGGAGAAAGCAAUCUAUCAAUAUAUGCCGCUUUUAGAUGCCAACCGUGACCGCGAAUUAGUGGACAUUUUGCCUGACUUUUUGAUGGAUCACAUCACUUUUGAGCGACAGGCUGUGACGAAGUUCUACUCGCGUGUCAUUGAUGCUCUGACCAAGCGACGGACAAGCUCUUCAUAG